UUUUGCAGCUUUCUUUUGGGGAGAAUUUUUCGCCUGGGAGAAAUAAAGGGUUUGAGAUUUGUUCUAUUGGGGUUUUUACUGGGGUUGAUGAUUUGAAUGCUUUGGAAGGGAAUUUGGAGAUUGUCAAAGAGAAAGAUAAGGGAAAACAUUGAAAGAGACCUAUUUCCAUAUUUCUCUUCCUCACAUUGAAGAACAUCUUGAACACGCGCGCACAUACACACACAUAACAAGAGGACGCUAGGGCGUCAAAAAUGGGAAGGAGUCCGUGUUGCGCAAAAGAAGGGUUGAAUAAGGGAGCUUGGACGGCAAUGGAAGACAAGAUUUUGAUAGACUACAUUAAGACGCAUGGUGAAGGAAGAUGGAGAAAUCUUCCUAAGAGAGCAGGUUUGAAGAGAUGCGGAAAGAGUUGCAGAUUGCGAUGGUUGAAUUAUCUUAGACCGGACAUUAAGAGAGGCAAUAUCACCCCUGAUGAAGAAGAGCUCAUCAUAAGACUCCAUAAGCUUUUAGGCAAUAGGUGGUCAUUAAUAGCUGGAAGAUUACCAGGUCGAACGGACAAUGAAAUCAAGAAUUAUUGGAAUACCAAUUUGAGCAAGCGAUUGAAUCAAUGCAAUAAUCAAGCACCUAAUACUCUCACUACAUACCAUAAAAAACUUCAAAAAGAUCAGAAGAACAAGAAGCCAAUUUCCAUAGAUCAACACAAACAAACCUUAGAGUCCAAUGUGGUCCGAACCAAGGCAGUUCGAUGUACCAAAGUUUUCAUCACACCGGAACCACAACCACAACAACAUAUACUACAUGCUAACAAUAUCACUGAUGUUGCAGCUGCAAACCACAGCUCAAUGGUUUAUAAUGAGGAUGAUUCGUCGCUAGGGCUAGACGAAGAUUAUAAUCUAUCAUCCGAUUUUAUGAUGGAGGAUUUUAACAUGGGAGAUUUCAAUCUAAUUUCAGAGCUUCUGACAACGAAUUAUUCAGAUGUUUGUGAUUUUAGUACCGAGUGCAGUAACAAUGCUAGUGAUUUAUCACCUAAUUCUCCUGAACAACCUUUUGUUUUCUCUCAAGAGUUGCUAGAGGAUUGGCUUGGAGAUCAACAAGUUAUGUGACUACAUUGUAUGUUUUUGGAAAUGUUACCAUAAUACUAGUAAAUGCAGCAUCUGUUCUUCUUAUUAGAUUGACUUUUUAACCACCUUUUGUAUACAACAAUAUGGUAAUAUCAUCUACUUUUCACACCAA